AAGCAUAAUAUCUUGCAAUUACGUUUUCUAAAUGUCUCGUUUCAAAAGAGGUGCAAAAGUGGAUUCCAGGGCUGGGUUCAGGACGGAGAAAGAAGAAUCUCCAGUGCCUCACGGUCUACUAAAAGCUGCCAGAAAAAGUGGGCAGCUCAAUCUUUCAGGACGAGGACUGACUGAAGUUCCACAGAGCGUAUGGAGACUUAACAUAGACACUCCAGAGGAAGCGAAACAGAACUUGUCAUUUGGUGCGGCGGAUCGAUGGUGGGAACAGACCGACUUAACCAAACUUUUGCUCUCCUCGAAUAAGCUUGAAUGCCUCUCAGAGGAUGUCAGCUUGCUGCCUGCACUGGUCGUUUUAGAUAUUCAUGACAACCAACUCAGCACACUACCAAAGUCCAUUGGAGAACUGGAACAACUCCAGAAACUUGUUCUCAGUCACAAUAGGCUGACAGAAUUGCCACUAGAGCUCUGUAAUCUGACAAACCUGCGAUGCCUUCACCUGCAACAGAACCAGCUGGAGUACAUUCCCACUGAAAUUGGACAGCUGACCAACUUGGAUGACAUUGACCUCUCCAACAAUAAGUUAAUAGAGAUCCCAGACAGCCUGGCUAAGUUAACCAACCUAGUAAAACUCAACUUGUCUUGCAACAAGUUGAAGAGUCUUCCAUCAGCAAUUAGUGAAAUGAGAAAUCUGAGAAUGCUUGACUGCUCCCGGAAUGAGAUAGAGAGUGUGCCCCCCGUCUUGGCUCAAAUGGCCUCCCUAGAGCAACUCUACAUUCGGCACAACAAAUUACACUUCCUCCCCGAACUGCCCUCAUGCAAAACCCUUAAGGAGCUUCAUGUUGGUAAUAACCAGAUUGAGGUGCUUGAAGCAGAUCACCUAAGACACUUGAGUGGUCUUACUGUCCUGGAGCUGAGGGACAAUAAGGUGAAAAAGGUUCCUGAUGAAAUAACACUACUGCAAGGCCUGGAGCGCCUGGAUCUCACUAACAAUGACAUUAGCAGUCUGCCUAACACUCUUGGUACAUUACCCAAGUUAAAGACCCUGGGUCUGGAGGGCAACCCUCUGAGAGGAAUCCGAAGAGACCUCCUAACAAAAGGCACCGGUGAACUUUUGAAAUACCUUAGAGGUCGAAUACAAGAGCAACCAGAGGAGAAAAUCAAAGAUGAACCUAAGACUGCAAUGACUCUCCCAAGUCAAGCCAGGAUUAAUGUCCAUUCUAUCAAAACUCUCAAGACAUUGGACUACAGCGAGAAACAGGAGGCAUCUAUACCCGAUGAGGUAUUUGAUGCUGUUAAUGAUAAUGCUGUUGCCACGGUGAACUUCAGCAAGAACCAGCUGACUGCACUACCACCCAGGAUUGUGGAGCUGAAAGACACUUUAAGUGAUAUAAACCUUGGAUUCAACAAGCUGACCAGCAUCUCACCAGAGUUUUGCAUGCUACAACAGUUAUCCCACAUAGAUUUGAGAAACAAUGUUCUGUCCGCACUGCCAAUGGAACUGGAGGCACUUUCCAAACUCAGGAGUAUCAUCCUGUCUUUUAACAGGUUCAAGACAUUUCCGGAUGUGCUAUAUAGCAUUCCUACCCUGGAGACGAUUUUAAUAAGUAACAACCAGGUGGGCGCUAUUGACCCCGCCCGACUGAAAACUCUCCACAGACUGUCCACUUUGGAUCUGCAGAACAAUGACAUCAUGCAGGUGCCCCCAGAGCUAGGCAACUGUACAAGCCUGAGGGCUCUAAUGCUGGAUGGAAACCCCUUUCGCAAUCCCAGGGCUGCCAUUGUCGCCAAAGGAACAGACGCUUUAUUGGAGUACCUACGAAGCAGAAUUCCCACAUGAUUUUAGACUAGAGGAUCAGCAGUAUAUUAACAUUACCGUCAGUGGAUUGUGCUUGGUAUUUGCUGUGGUGUGCUGCAUCUUAUUGCUGCUGUCACCGUUUCUAUCAACUCUUAAGUCGUAUUUGCACACGUUAAAGUGACAACCCACCACAAAAUAGCAUGAAUAAAUGUUUUCUUACUUGUUUCUCAAUUAAAUAAUCAAAAGAAGAACAAAAUCCAACUCUCAAAAUGUUUACAUUGCAUGAUAAUCAUCAUAUUAUUUGGCCUUUCUCUACAUUAGGACAGUAGUGGUCAAGAGCUACAAGUCUGUCUCCUUUUUCUACCUGGUUAACUCUGUAAAAUGAGUUAUUAUUCCUAUCUGACAAAUAAGCACUUACUGAAUAGUUUUAUUUACUUCAGUACAUUCAGAAAGUACGUUUUUGACUGAGACUCUUAAAAGACAAAUGUCUUUCAGCAUCUUCUGCCAAUUUCUAGAAAGUUUUCUUUGUUACUUGCUUCACCAGCCAACUAAUAUUGAUGAUGUAAUGGACAGUUCAGCUACUGAAUUUUCAUCUUGAGAGAUAACUCCUUAAAAAUUUUCCUCACUUAAACGUAUAUGAGAGCAUGCUUUUAAUCACAAUCUUGUUGGGAUGCUGCAAAAAGAGAGCCUGAAGAUACAGACUGAAUAAUUUGAUUGUCGCGUUUAAUGUUUUGUUUGCUUACCUGAUGUCUGUCCGACGUCUCUGAAUCAAUAAAUACA